AUGGAAAAGAAAACUUUUAAUGCAUUUAAUGAUACCCCUAGAGGGAAACAUUGGUUGAUGGAUACACCUUCUGCUACCAGAGAUUCAAGCAUUAACAAAGAUAAGUCAUUAAAUGAUAAAGUAGAUACAAAACGUCAAUAUUCGAGCAUAUUUGUUAAUGGUUUUAGUUCUGGUUUAUCCGUUAAUGAUGAAUCUACUUUAAAAAAUAAAUUUUCAAAUGAUACAAUAAGGAAAAACGAAAAUAGAAAUAUCAAUGAAGAUAAUAUCAAAGAAGAAACAAAACAAAAGGAAGAAGAAUAUCGUUCAAUUUUUUCUUUAUUUGGUAAACAGCCAACUUUUAAACAUUCUUCAAUGAGCAAUUUUAAUAAGGAUGAUUCCUUUUUCAAAUCAAAUAAUGACAGUAGUAGCGGCAAUGGUAGAACCACUGUUACUGCUAAUAAGAAUAAUCUACAAAAUAACAUAAAAAGAGAAACUUUAUACAAAGAUCGUGAUUCAGAUCUUCCGUUAAUAUCACCAAAUGUUUUGGAUGUCUCAAAACAAAGACUAUUAAUCUCUGUUUUGUUUAUAAUAUUACAGUGUUACAAAAUUUAUGAUUUAAUUGUUCUCAAAUAUAAUUUACCAGACAACACACUCUCGGUACAGUUAAUGAAGCAUUCAAAAUUCAUAUUCGUGAUCAAAUAUUUCAUGUUGGAUUCAUUAUUUUUAUUCUUUUUACCAACUUUAAAUAUUCCAAGAUUAAAUUUUGGUCCAAUCAUGGUUCUCAUUCAAAUUAUUUUCAUGAAUUCGUUUAAUAUCUAUUUGUCAAUAGAUCAUGAUCAUUUUAUAUGGGUUUCUAUCUUCAUCUCUGUAUGGAAUAAGAUGUUUCAUUCAAAACAAUUAACUCUGACUGGUUCCACAAUCGACCCUCAUCAUAAAAUUAUUAAUUUUUCCAACCAUUUUAAAGGUGCUCUUACUAUCAAGAUUUUACCUGAGAAUACUGCUCUUUUGAAUCCCCUACAUGAAUCGUUUUGUUUACCUAUUGACUCAAAUUCUCCACUUAAUGAAUAUUCUUCCAAUAUUAAUACUGUGAAAGUGCCAAUUAAGAUUAAUUCUACUGAACCAGUAGAUUUUAUCCAAUUAGAAUAUAGAGAUUUAUACACAAAUUCAAUAUUUUUGAAAAACUUCACUUCAAAAGAUUUUGAGAUUAUGAACGACAUUCCACAACAUUGGAAAGAUUCUGGUGAAUCAAUUGAUUCUAUGGCACAAACUAUCCGUUAUCUAUAUUUGAAUUUAAAUGAUAUUGGGUUCUACCAAAUUAGAAAAAUUGUAGAUCGAAAAGGUUUAAAUCUAAAAAUUUAUCAAACUCAUUUAAUUUUACCACACUGUCCAAUGGCUUCAGUAAUCAAAUCAAACAAUAUUGAUAUCGAUAAGUGUAUUGGUGAUAAGGACGAAAUUUCAUUUGAAGUUCACGGGAUCCCACCGUUGAAAUUAUUUUAUUCAAAAGUGAUUAAUGAUCAAGUGUUCCAUUACAACGACAAAAAUUUACAACCCGAAUAUUUCGAAUCUCCUUUACAAUCAUCAAUUAAAAGAAAACCGACUCUAUUUAACAAAAAUGAUAUUGAGGAUUUGAAGUGGGCUCGUAGUUAUCCUGUUAGCAUUAAUUUAGACACCUUGACAUCUAUAGAUGGUACUUAUCAAUAUAAGAUAGAUAAAGUAAUCGAUGGACUAGGUAAUGCUAUUGAUUUUACUACAAUUGACAAUGACUCAAUUAAAAUUAAAUAUGAUUUAAUAUCAACUUUUAGGGUUCAUAACAUUCCAAAAGCUUCUUUAGAUGAAAAAUUCAACCCAAGAUCUCCAACCAAGAAAAAUAUCGUGAUUAACCUAGAGAGUAUUAAUAAUUGGAAUCAAGAGAUACCAUUUUCAGUCAAUUUAUCAUUUAUUGAUCACAAUGGCGAGGAAUCCAAAAAAACUAUUGAAAUGAAUUCUUUAUCUGAAGAAAUCGUGGCUAAUUAUCCUGGUAUUUACCAAUUGAAUUCAAUCAACUCCAAGUAUUGCCCUGGCUCGGUUAUUGGAAAGUCCAAAGUCUUAAUAACUAAACCUGUACCACCCCAGUUAGAUGUUAAAUCAUCACCAAUCAUUGAUCCAUGUGUUGGUCCUAUUGGUUUGGAUUUCGAUUUAAAUUUCGUCGGUGUCCCACCAUUCCAUUAUUUGGUUAAAAUUUAUAAACUUGAUAAAUAUGAUAAAAAUAUUAAGAAACUUUAUGAUACCAAGAGAAUUACCUCAAAGGGUGCUAGAAGCCAAUUCAAGUACUUACCAUCCGUGGAGGGUAAUUAUGAAAUUGUAUUUGACAGUCUAACUAAUGAUAUUUUUACUGAACAGAUUCAAUUAAUACCUUUAAAAAAUUACAGUUUCCAAACUUCUAUGAGAGUUAAACCAAGUGCAUCCAUAAGAUCAAGGAACCAUGUUAAAAAUCUAUGUCUUAAUGGUAAUACAAAAAUCCCCAUUUCUUUUAAAGGCGAACCUCCUUUCACUUUACAAUAUGAUAUUAUUGAAACCUCGUCUAACAGAAGAAGAUCUUUUACAAAGGACAAUAUAAUGGAUAAUGAAUAUUUAAUUGAAACUCCUGCUUUUACCGUUGGAGGAGAUUAUAUCCUAUCCUUAGUAUCAAUAAAAGAUUCUUCAAAAUGUCUUGUCAAUCUAAGUGAAUUGGAUGCAAAGAUUAGAGUAAGAAGAGAUAUUCCAACUGCUUCGUUUAACUUUAUUGAAAAUGCAAAUGCAUCUAAAAUUAAACAAGGUAGUGCUGCUGAGAUUCCAAUUAGAUUAACCGGCGAGGCUCCAUUUACAAUCAAAUAUGAACAUUUAGAUCUAAACGGCAAUCAUCUUGGUAUUUAUGAAGCUAAAUUUUACUCAAAUUAUAAACAAUCAUUGUCUGUCUUUAAAGAAGGCAUUUAUAGACUUAAGGAGAUGCACGAUUCUAGUUGUAAUGGUAAAAUUGAAAAUAUCGAGAAUCAGUACAUGGUAACAUACUUAUCAAGGCCAUAUUUUACGAUCCAAAAGACAGCUAAUUCAAAGAUUACAAAAUUAACUGAAUCAAUUUUUACCAGAAAUCCAGUCUGUCAAAACCAUGAGACUACGAUUGAUCUUUCUUUGUUUGGGUCACCACCUUUUGUUUUAACAUACGAAUUAACUUCACCAGAAGGACAAACUUCAAUCAAUACUAUACAGAUAACAACUAAAUAUGCUUCAUUACAAUUACCAAAUACAGAAACAGGUGAAUAUAUUGCUACUAUUAAAUCUAUAUAUGAUACUAACUAUGAAGAGGAAGAUUUUAAGUAUAUUGAUACUUCCAAUAAUGAAAUAAUUAUUAAACAAAUUGUUAAUUCUAUUCCUCAGAUAUCAUUCACUGAUAAGGGCAGAACCUUGAGGACAUGCUCUGUAAAUAUUGAACAACAAAUGGAAAGAAAAGAUGCAUAUUUAAAACCAAUUAAAUUGAAACAUAUCAACGGUCAAAGUCCAUUUUCAAUCACCUUUAGUGUUUAUCAUGAAAGUACAAGUAGAACUGACCAUAUUACGUUAGACAAUGUGGAUAUUGAGCACUUCCCAUAUUAUCGAUUAUAUGAGGGAUUGAAGUUGGGCAAACACAUUAUUACAAUGGACAAUAUCAUAGAUGCUAAUGGAUGUAUUAAUGAGUUUGCCAAUGAACAUGAUAAUUUCAUUUCAAUAUCUAUAACGGAUGUACCAAAGAUUCAUUUAUUGGAUGCUAAUGCUGAUUAUUGUGUUGGUGAUUAUGUAUCCUACCAAUUAAAUGGUGUUCCACCAUUCAACAUUAGAUAUAGUUUCAAUGGUAUUGAAUUGCAAUCUCAAGAACGUUCUACCCAAUUUGUUAGAGUUGCUUCUGAGCCAGGGUUUAUCUCUAUUAACACCAUCCAAGACUCGCUUUCACAAUGUGUUGUUAAUUUUAGUUUACCAUCAAUGGAGCAAGAACGUGAAAGACUAAGUUUGACUAUUCAUCCAAUUCCAUCAGUUACAGUAUCGCAGGGUAAUUAUGUAAUCGAAGAUAUUCAUGAGGGUGAUCAAGCGGAAGUUGUCUUCACAUUUGAAGGUACACCACCAUUUUCGUUAACAUAUGUCAGAACUGAAGAUACCAAUACUAAUAGUAAUAAUCAUAACCAAAGAAGACCCCAAGUAGUGGAGACUCAUAAAGUUACUGAUAUUUAUGAAUAUGAAUAUAGAGUGCUAACUAGUUUACAAGGUACUUAUGAAGCUAUUGAAAUAUCAGACGCAUUCUGUUUUGCUAAAAAUGAAGCAUUUUUCAGUAAUUAA